UCCGGGGAAUCUGUAGUUCGACGUUGUGGACAUAUUUUAUUUAUCUUAUCUCUUCCAUUCAAACACCAACGGAAUUUAUUUAUCAUCGUCCUCGGUUAGAUUUUUUUCCACAAAUAACAUCUGCUCGACAGAUUGUCGAAGACCACAGACAGCACCAUGGCCUCCAAAAUAAACGAAGCCCAUGAACACAUCGCUAAAGCGGAGAAAAAUUUAAAGACAAGCAUGACAAAGUGGAAGCCAGAUUUUGACAGUGCUGCAUCAGAAUAUGCCAAAGCUGCGGUGUGCUUCAAGAAUGCCAAACAGUUUGAGCAAGCUAAGGAUGCCUACCUGAAGGAGGCAGAGUACCACACAGAAAAUAAAGCGUUGUUCCAUGCAGCAAAAGCAAUCGAACAAGCUGGUAUGAUGAUGAAGGACUUGAAGAAGAUGCCCGAGGCGAUCCAGUACAUAGAAAAAGCCAGUAUGAUCUACGUAGAGAAUGGUACUCCAGACACCGCUGCUAUGGCUCUGGACAGAGCCGGGAAACUUAUCGAGCCUGUGAGUUUAGAGAAAGCUGUGGACCUGUAUCAGCAGGCUGCCGGUGUGUUUGAGAAUGAGGACCGCCUACGUCAGUCAGCUGAGCUCCUGGGGAAAGCUUCCAGACUGCUGGUCAGAUUACGCAGACUGGAUGAAGCAGCAACCGCCCUUCAGAAAGAGAAGAACAUGUAUAAAGAUAUAGAGAAUUAUCCCACUUGCUUUAAGAAAACAACAGCACAGGUGUUGGUUCAUCUUCACAGAAAUGACUUUGUGGCUGCAGACAAGUGUGUCAGAGAGAGCUACAGCCUCCCAGGGUACAGUGGGAGUGAAGACUGCGUGGCCAUGGAGACGUUGCUGCAGGGAUAUGACGAGCAGGACGAGGACCAGGUGCACCGCGUGUGUAACUCUGCACUGCUGAAGUACAUGGACAAUGACUAUGCCAAGCUGGCCAUCUCCCUGAAGGUUCCUGGAGGAGGAGCGAAGAAGAAGACUGCAAAGCCGCCACAGGGGGGCGCCGGAGCGCCUGCUGCUUCCGCCGAGGACGACGACGACUACGAGGGAGGGCUGUGUUAGCCGCAGAAAACACUGACCGCUAUAUACACACAACGCUAAACACACCAGGAAGUCCUGCUAAUUGAGGUGAAACUCUCAGAAUAUGUUGCUCCCCCCUGAACUAGACCCCAAUAUGUUGCUCCCCCUGAACUAGACCCCAAUAUGUUGCCACCCCCUGAACUAGACCCCAAUAUGUUGCUCCUCCCCAAACUAGA